AUGGAGUUGAGGGAGUGGAUACUAUUGAAGGACGAAAAAGAAGAGAGUGGAAAUCGAGCGAGGGAUAAGGGUGAUACAACUGAAAAUCAGACGAAAAACGAAGGUAGUAGUCAGGGGCAAUCGAGGGAUAGUCAGACCAGUGGGGAGGAUAGGAAGAUAAAGAAACUGGAGUUACCUUUAUUUAACGGCGAGGAUCCAUAUGGAUGGGCGUUUCGAGUCGAAAAAUCGGUUUGCCGAAGGGGGGAAGGUGGAAGCGGCGGCGGUGUGCAUGGUGGGGCAUACCGGCCUCUUCUUCCUGCUGAUCAAGUGAAACCGUGGAAUGAAAUUGAGGAUGAAGGAGAGGGUUCACCAAGGACACGAGGCAGGGGGCGUGGUGGCCGAGGAAGGGGCAGGGUUAGAGGGGGUGGUCGUGGAAGGGGAUGGGGACGUGGGCAUGGGCGUGGUCGUAAUCCCAGAUCAGCAACAGCUGCAUAA